AUGGGGGCAGCUGAGAACGAUUUACACAGCUCUCCAGAGAACAGUCUUGGUUCCCUUAGACUGGGCAUCCUAGCAUCCACGCCUUUCCCGGUCCUUCCUUCAGGCUCAAGUUCGACCAAUCAGCUGCCAGCUCUAGACCAACUAAAGCAAGAUGCCAGACUGACAGCUGCGCUCACUGGCGCGGCCUGCCACCCUGUGACCGCAGGAAAGGAAGAAGAGAAAAGGAAGGAUGUAGGUCAGAAAAACGACAGCGGAAAAUCUAAGGAAGAGGAGAAAAGGAAGAGUGUGGAGUUGAAAAUCAAGGAGAACGGGAAGGAGAAAGGGAAGGAAGAGGAGAAAAGGAAGAGUGUGGACGCGAAAAUCAAGGAGAACGGGAAAGAGAAAGGGAAGGAAGAAGAGAAAAGGAAGAGUGUGGACGCGAAAAUCAAGGAGAACGGGAAGGAGAACGGGAAGGAGAAAGGGAAGGAAGAGGAGAAAAGGAAGAGUGUGGACGCGAAAAUCAAGGAGAAAGGGAAGGAAGAGGAGAAAAGGAAGAGUGUGGACGCGAAAAUCAAGGAGAACGGGAAGGAGAAAGGGAAGGAAGAGGAGAAAAGGAAGAGUGUGGACGCGAAAAUCAAGGAGAAAGGGAAGGAAGAGGAGAAAAGGAAGAGUGUGGACGCGAAAAUCAAGGAGAACGGGAAGGAGAAAGGGAAGGAAGAGGAGAAAAGGAAGAGUGUGGACGCGAAAAUCAAGGAGAACGGGAAGGAAGAGGAGAAAAGGAAGAGUGUGGACGCGAAAAUCAAGGAGAACGGGAAGGAGAAAGGGAAGGAAGAGGAGAAAAGGAAGAGUGUGGACGCGAAAAUCAAGGAGAAAGGGAAGGAAGAGGAGAAAAGGAAGAGUGUGGACGCGAAAAUCAAGGAGAAAGGGAAGGAAGAGGAGAAAAGGAAGAGUGUGGAGUUGAAAAUCAAGGAGAAUGGAAAAGGAAAGGAAGUCAAGGAGGAGCAAGGGAUGGAGAAUGAGGAGGAACAGGUCACAGAAAAGGUCAAAGACAGCAGCAGCACCUCGAUUAAAAUCCUGAACCCGCCGCCGCCGCCGCCGCCGGAGAAAAGUAACCAGAUCCUAGUAGUAGGCCUGGAUGGUGCAGGAAAGACCAGCGUCCUCCACUCGCUGGCUUCCAACAGAAUCCAGCACAGCCUGGCACCUACCCAAGGUUUCAACGAAGUUUGCAUCAGCACUGAGGACAGGCAGAUGGAGUUCCUGGAGAUUGGCGGCAGUGAGCCAUUCCGCGCCUACUGGGAGAUGUACCUGCCUAAGGUAUGGCUGCUGAUCUUUGUGGUAGACUCAGCUGAUCACAGUCGGUUGCCUGAAGCCAGGAGAUACCUUCAUCAGCUGAUUGCGCCAAACCCAGGGCUCCCUCUGGUUGUGUUUGCCAACAAACAGGAUCUUGAAGACGCCUACCAUAUUAUAGACAUCCACGAAGCUCUAGCACUGUCGGAAGUGGGGAAUGACAGGAAGCUGUUCUUGUUUGGAACUCAGGUGACUGAAAAUGGCUCAGAGAUCCCUUCCACCAUGCAAGAUGCCAGAGACCUGAUUGCACAUCUGGCCGCAAAUAUGUAG